UCUCUUGGAAAAAGAAACGUCUGUAAAAACGAGCCUUGAUAAAAUUGCUUUUUACGUAAGGAUAAGCAAAUUAAAAUAUUCAGAUAUAUGAAUGUGAGAAUGAGUUACGUCAGAUGAGUAAGCAAAAACUUUUCUACGUGGCUUUUAUUUUUUUAUUUUAUUUAUUUUAUUUUUUUGUUAACUCAUCGAACACAAAUUUAACUGAGAUAUUUUUACGUUCGUUUCUUUUUUUGUAUGAUCAUCAAUAUAAGCUAAAAUAAAAAUAUUAAAAAAAAAAAAGAUAAAAAAAGAGUUUCACCAUUGACAAGUUUUUAUUCGAUGUCCGCAAAUGUAUCGUUGUGAGAGAGACAAAAUUUAUAUAUUGGCGAUAUAUAAAUAAUAUUAUUGAUAAUAUAAAAUAAUAAUAACGUAUAUUAAUAUGUUAUAAAAUGUUUCAUUUAUUUGGAUUUUUUUUUUUUAGGACAGAUAAAAUUUAAUUUACAAAACUAUUUGACAUAUAUAUUUGUCAAGUACAAAUACAUAACAUAUACUUUCCUAGAGUAUACUAAUUCUCAAUGUUGAGCUAAAAUGCUUUAAGAAUAAAUUCACUGGUCAAUCGUGUAGGAAAAUAUGUAUUUUAGAAAACAUCGUCAUUAUAAUAUCUUUUGAUAGUGUUAUAUAUGGAAUAAUAAAAUUAUAGUGAAUAAUAUAGAAAAAGCAAAAAAUUUUUUUUAUUUUUUAAUUAUCAAUUAUGACGCUAAGAGAAUUGUUCUUUAAUAUUUAAAUAACUACCAUUUCAAUAUUAGCUCAUAUUGUAAAAUAUUUCACUUGUUGGUCAUGGAUGUUAUAUAUAUUGAUAUCUCACUACGGAGAUAGUUCAUCAACUUUAAGUUUUUGGGAUAAAAUUUGGCUUCCUUUAUUUAUUUUUCAAUUUUCUGCUUAUCUCGAGACGAUACAUGCCAUAACAGGUUUAGUUCGAUCAAAUCCGACAAUAGUACUGGUACAAGUCACAAGUCGUGCAUUUAUUUAUAUUGUGUUAUUGUCGUUGCCAUCGGAAUCUGUUGGAUCAUCAUUUAGUUUACCAUAUACUCUCGUCUCUUGGUGUAUUGCAGAGAUCAUUAAAUAUUCUUAUUACUUUAUGAAUCUUAUUGGAUAUAUACCAUAUUUUCUAACAUGGUUAAGAUAUUCGUCAUUUAUGAUACUUUAUCCGACUGGUAUAAGCGGAGAACUUCUGUGUAUUUACAAAGCAAUCAUUUAUUCAAAGUCUAAUCCAGAUAUAUGGAGUUAUACAUUGCCUAAUCAAUGGAACUUUACAUUCAGUUAUUUAUAUCUUUUGAUAAUGGUCGUAAUAAUAUAUAUUCCAGGUUCACCCAUAUUAUACAAGCACAUGCUUUCACAAAGACAGAAAACGUUAAAUACAAACGUUAAAACGAAAAAAGUAAAAUAAUUGUUUAUUUUAUCAGUUUUUAUAUUACUUUGCACUUUGUUACUUUUCGCACAACAUUGUAACACAAAGUAUAAAAUUUAAAAUAUAAAAUAAAAUGAAACAUAAAAUAUAUUGUUACAAAGAAAAAUAAAAUAUUUUAAUAUUUAA